AUGCGAUUGUUGCUGUGCAAGAAUUGGUUUACGUCGCCCGUCAUCUCGCCGCUACUCUACACACGCUGCCUAUCCGCAAUGACUAACGCUGCCAGCUUUCCCAUUGCUCCCCAAGCCCCGCCCACCUGGUCGUUUACUCCCACAGACAUUGGCGGGAAGACCACAGAGAUCAUCGAUAAGAGCAACAAGUUCUAUGAACUCAUGAGUCAGGUGGAAAGCCCCUCUGUGACGAAUUUCAUCGAGCCUUUCAUGAAGUUUGAAAACGAAUUGGGCCCAAUCAUUAAUCGAUUGACUUUCUUGCAGCACGUGUCGUCUGACAAGGAAAUUAGAGACGCGUCUGUAGAUUCCUCGAUGAAGCUAGACGAGUUGAACAUCGAUUUGUCGCUGCGUCAUGAUAUCUUUCUGCAAUUUGCUCGCGUCUGGCAAGAUGCUCAGCCAAAGGCGGAUUCCCUCAAAAAGGAAACCUUUAAAUAUAUUGAGAAGUCUUACAAGGACUUCAUUCAUUCUGGUUUGGAACUGGAUGAGGCGAACCGUCUGAAGAUCAAAGAGAUCAAAAAGAAAAUUUCCAUGAACUCCAUAAAUUUUUCCAAGAAUCUCGGUGAACAGAAGGAAUAUAUCACUUUCACCAAAGAGCAACUGGAGGGUGUGCCGGACUCCAUCUUGGCGCAGUUUGAGACAACCAAGUCCGAGAAAGGUGGUGAAGACACUCUGUAUAAAGUUACUUUCAAGUACCCGGACAUUUUCCCCGUGAUGAAAUUGGCAUCCUCAGCCCAGACCAGAAAGCAGGCGUUUCUGGCGGACCAGAAUAAGGUCCCUGAAAAUGAGGCCAUACUGUUGGACACAUUGAAAUUACGUGACGAAUUGGCCUCCUUACUGGGCUACAACACGUAUGCCGACUAUAACCUAUACGAUAAAAUGGCCAAGGAUAGCAGAACGGUAAUGGACUUUUUGAACGAUUUGAAAGGCAAGUUGAUUCCGCUGGGCAAAAAAGAGUUGCAAGUCCUGCAAGACAUGAAAGUCAAGGACGUCGAAAGGUCUAAAAAGGAUGAAGAUCCAAAUUAUUACAUCUGGGAUCACCGCUAUUAUGAUAACAAGCAUCUGCUAGAGAACUUCAAUGUAGAUUUAGAGAAAAUUUCCGAAUAUUUCCCCUUGGAGACUACGAUUACGGGCAUGUUACAAAUUUACGAAACUUUGUUCAACCUUAAAUUUAUCGAAACUAAAGAACCCCAAAAUAAAUCUGUCUGGCAUGAAGAUGUCAAGCAAUUGGCCGUCUGGAACAUGGACGACCCCAAGUCUCCAAGGUUUAUUGGGUGGAUCUAUUUCGAUUUGCAUCCUCGCGAUGGUAAAUAUGGCCAUGCAGCCAACUUCGGUUUAUCCUCAUCGUUCAUGAUCAACGACUCCAAAAGAUCAUAUCCGGUCACUGCAUUGGUUUGUAAUUUCUCCAAAUCCACAAAGGAUAAGCCUUCUUUGUUGAAGCAUAACGAAAUAGUAACGUUUUUCCAUGAACUGGGUCAUGGUAUCCAUGAUCUGGUGGGCCAAAACAAGGAAUCGAGGUUCAACGGUCCCGGAUCUGUCCCAUGGGAUUUCGUAGAAGCGCCUUCUCAAAUGUUGGAAUUUUGGACCUGGAAUAAAAAUGAACUAGUAAGUCUGUCGUCGCAUUAUAAGACGGGUGAAAGAAUCCCAGAGUCUUUGAUCGACUCUUUGAUCAAAACUAAGCAUGUCAACGGGGCUUUAUUCACCCUAAGACAGUUGCAUUUUGGAUUAUUUGAUAUGAAAGUGCAUACUUGCAAGGAUUUAGAAAACUUAUCGAUUUGUCAUACCUGGAAUCAAUUGAGACAGGAGAUCUCUUUGAUGCCCAAUGGCGGUACUUUAUCCAAGGGUUAUGAUUCUUUCGGGCACAUAAUGUCGGAUUCUUACUCUGCUGGUUAUUAUGGUUACUUAUGGGCGGAGGUCUUUGCCACUGAUAUGUACCAUACAAAAUUCGCAAAGGAUCCCCUCAAUACCAAGAAUGGUGUACAGUAUCGUGAUAUCGUCUUGGCCCGUGGUGGUCUUUAUGAUAUUAAUGAUAACCUGAAGGAAUUCCUUGGUAGAGAACCUUCUAAGGACGCCUUCUUAAAGGAGCUGGGCUUACAAAGCUGA